AUGGAAAGAACCAGCCCAGAAUUUGCAAUCGCCCUAACUGACAACAUCACUGGAGGUGAUGAUAUAUUGGCGCACAAAGAUUUUCUCGCGUCUGCCACUGCAGCCGUUUCCCGAUCUGAGAGACCGGACUUCACAGAGGAUACCACUUCAUUUUACCCGACAGAUGAAUCAUAUUACGGAAAUGAGGAUGUCCUCAUAGAGCAGAUCUUGGAAGAUUUUCCCUCCCGAGCCGGUGCCGAGGUUCUUAUUUCAUUGUUUUUCUCAUACGCCGAGGCAAAUUGGUAUUAUUUUGAUGAAACCUCAUUUAGAUACCAGCUAUUCGGACUAUAUGACAGUGGCCUCUCACCAACUUUCACUAGUCCCAAGUUCAUCUGUUUAACCUUGACAGUCUUCGCUCUCGGAAGCCAGUUUGUUCAUCUCUACCAGGGUGAUCAUUUGAACCACUCGCAAAUCAUGACUGCAGUUCACACGGGAAUUCCAGGGACGAGUUAUUUCCAGCAUGCGCAGAAGCUUGUGCCUCAGAUAAUAGCUUGUCCAUCCUUGGAAGGCCUGUUAAGCUGUCUAAUACUCGCCUUAUAUGCUCUGCCAAUUCAUAACACUAACACUUGCUACACCUAUCUCGGUCUUGCACUACGCAUCGCGAUCUGCCACGGUCUUCACCGAAAGUCAGCAGGCCCGGCUAUAUCUCCGUCACUUUUAGAAGUCCGCAAUCGUAUUUUCUGGACUACAUACAGCAUCGAACGACGUGUUACUCUCUCUCUUGGCUAUCCCGAGACGCUUCAGAGCAAGGAUAUCGACUGCCCCCUUCCCCAAAGACGACCCGACCUGGAUUCUCCGAUUUCAUUCAGAGCUGAAAGGCUGUUGGCAUAUACAAAAUUGACUCUAUUGCUCAACCGCGUCAUUUUCUUGAGGACCUUCGAUAAGUGUUCGACAGAAGAUAUCCGAAGCCAGCUUUUGUCUUGGAAGGCAGACCUACCAGCUCAACUAACAAUACUAAAUGAUGCCUCUUUGCGACUAAAUGCGCAUUUACAGCUUGACUACUGUAUGAUCUGGAUCUACAUCGGUCGUGCUGCCCUGAUCGAUAGGGUACGAAGUUUACUUAGCAAGCAUGAGCCCGAAAGAAGUGAUUAUGGCACCAGAGGGGAAGGCCAUGAAUUAUCAGAGACUUGCGUGAAACAUGCCGCACAGAUAAUUGACCUAAUUGAUCUUCUCAGGUCUCGCAAACAAUUAGGUCGCUUUUCUCAGACCGAUUUCCAUACCUGCAGUUCCGCAGUCAUCAUAGUUCUCCUGGAUAGUAUCCUGCGCCCACGUCUCGAAUCAUACUCGAAAGUCAGCUCGGCAAUGGAUGCUCUGCGAUACAUGACCUCUGGCAGUGACUUUGCCAAAAAUAACCUUAAGUACGUCAGCAACUUUCAGGUGGCUGUCAACAAGGCUUUGGCAUCUAUGCACCGCCGAGACCAUGAACAGCCCUGCUCUAUGAGGAAUUUGGACUCACUGGGGCGUGGAGAAUCGCCAACAAGCGGAGGCGCUUUCAUGCAAUCGUCAAUGGAACCUUUCCUUCCUCCAGUGUCUGCCAAGAAGAACCGCGAAGUCUUGGACAAAGGCCUACACUCUCUGGAGCUCGCCACUAAGAUCAGGGUAGAUAUCUGCUUUGGAACGGAUCUACUAGGCCCUCUGCAUUAUGCCCAAAGUAGAGAGUUUACCCUCCGGGGCACUGUGCAGUCACCGUUGGGAAUUCUUCGAAGCGCUACUAUCACUGCUGCCCGGAUGCUGGGGCAAAGUAGUUUCCUCGGUCAGAUUUCGUCUGGGUUUGCUGCUGACUUGCUCAUCUUGAACGCAAAUCCUUUGGAUGAUAUCACUGUCUUUGAUCGGCCUGAUCGCCAUGUGCUGGCAACCAUUAAGGACGGCCGUGUCGUGACUUCGCGUUGGAAUUUAUUGGAUGUCGAAGCUAGCCCUUUACCAAAGAUCGAGUAA